GGAACCACAUCCUUAUAGGCUGUAUAUUUGCUGAUGCAUAUACGUUUUUCAUUCACAUAAAACAUUAAUUGCUCAAAAGAGGACAUCGUGUUACGGAAAACAAACUAUAAAUGCAUUAGUAAGAACACCUGUCCCUUCGGCAAUUUGAAACAAAGGAUACGGUGGUUGACUGUCAAACACAAAGGCUUCGAGAGCAUGAGAUCAUCAAAUAGGAUCAAUCGAUUCAUUUCUUUCAACCAAUCCAAAACGAGAUUAGAAAAGCGAGGGCGUAUUCGAUAUGUUUGUAAUGACACCUUUGGUUCGCGUUGUAAUUUGUAGGUACGAGAAUAUUCUAUCCAUGCUUUGCGACGGCCGUUGGGCAGAGGGGAACAAAUUGGUGACCAACGUGGUUUAUCGAUGAAAUAAUCUUUAGCUUCAUUCAUCGACUGAAGCUUAAAGCACGUAACAAUUAGAUGGCCGUUCAGCAUUACACUGUAGCUGUUACCUGGAUUCUGACAUUAACAGGGUGAUGGAUCUGUAUUUGUAUCGAUUGAAUACUAUCGGCAUUUCUUCAUCAAUGACUAAGAUACAAACAUUUACAUACGACGCAUCCGUGUUUUUCCUAAUGAGAAACAUGUUUGUUAUUUUUUUCCUUUUCGUCACAAGCUUAAGAUGUAUUAGCGCAGAGGGAACUGGUUAAAUUUUUCGCCAGCGCGGAGCAUCUUUAUUGCACCCCCUAUGCUUUGAAUAAUAUGCAUUAUUAAUGCUUGGAACGUCUGAGUGAAGGGAAUGGACGAUCAGUACUCCAGCGAUUCAGACGACGGGGAUGGCUUUUAUUCAUCCCAAAAUAAGGACACUUGCUACCGUUGUCAGAAGCGAGUGUACCCCGUAGAACGCGUGGACGUUGGGGUGCUGUUCCAUCGCCGCUGCUUCAGAUGUAGGGUGUGCGGACUUCAGCUUACGUUGCGGACAUUUAGAUGGCAGCCAGAUGGUCAGCCAGCGGAUGUGUAUUGUCAUGGACACCUGCCGAAAAUUGUAGGCAUUAUCAACAAGGACUCUAUGGGCAUCCAGUCCGCCCUCAAUGCACCCAAACUGGGCGUUCAUUUGAAUGAACAGAUCCGAGGGAGCACGUUUAACCCAGGAUGGCAAUAUGACGCCAACGCCCUCGAAUUUUCUCAUCAACGAGAGCUGAACUACCAAAGGAAACAGCGGACUUCAUUCGGAACCUAUCAAGACUUUGAAAGUCUUGGAGUAUUUGACGCACAAACAGAACUGGAACGACGUCAGCAGGAAGAGGAAGACAGAUUGUACAGUCAGUUAACAAUAGAAAGAAGGAAACGGAUCACCUCUUUGGAAUCCGAAAUAAAGCAGGAAAAGGACAAAUCUGUCAAAGAUCUUGUAACCAACUUCGAGAAGAAGAUUGAGAAAACAAAUAAAGAUGGUUUAGAAAAGGAAUCUCAAAAGAUUGAAGAAAUCUAUAAUCGUAAACGGGAGGAAAAAUUGAAGCAUCUACUGGAUAAACUGAGCGAGGAGGAGAAAAUUCGAGUUAGUCAAUUAAUAGAGAAGCAUAGUCAUGAGAUGCUGUUCCUCAUUGCCGAGAAGCUCUGUUUGAGUGAGCUGUCUUCUUCGGAUUCGGAUUGCAGUUCUCCUCCCACAAUAAACUUGUGUCGUCCUCCUCCAAUUGCUCCGCCGGAGUUUAGGAGAUCCGCUUUGUUCAAGAGUCCGGGAGAACUGGAACACAUCGACGAAAAAGUGGUCAAUAUUGCCAAAACUGAUUAUUCUUCAUUUACUGACCUGGUCAAAAAUCUAAUGCAUGGUUGUACGAGUGAUUUGGAGAAAGCUAGAGCGCUAUUCCGGUGGAUUUGUCUAAAGGAUCUGAACAAGAUUGAGAUUGAUGACACGGUGAGUUCCGAGUCUCCUCUCGGUAUCCUCCGUGGAAUCAAACAAGGAACGGAAACUUAUCAUGAUCUCUUCAAAAGACUCUGCAGUUAUGCUGGGUUGUAUUGCGAGAUCAUCAAAGGAUACUCCAAAGGCGCUGGAUACAAACCCGGGAUGAAAUUCGAAGGACCGAGAUUUCGAAAUUCCUGGACGGCGGUGUUUCUGGAGGGAUCAUGGUGCUUCAUCAACUGCAACUGGGGAGCAAGACAUGUGAAAUGCACCAAAAAUACCACGUUUUAUUACCGUUCGGACGAGUUCUACUUCAUCACAGACCCAGAGGAUCACAUUUAUCAGCACUUUCCAGAUAAUCCAAAAUGGCAGCUUCUUGAAUGCCCAGUGACUUUGUCGGAGUUCAUUAACCUGCCGGUGGUAAAAUCACCAUUCUUUAACCAUGGAAUCAAGUUUGCUAACCACUACGAUUGCACUCAGUAUACAAACAAAGGAUUGGUCGUCUUGCAAUUCAAUAUUCCGAACUUACUCGGAUUUGGAUACACGUUUGAGGCCAAGGAUGUCAGUCUUACACCAAAUAAAUUAGAAGGACGGGCAAUGAUUAGGAUUAUUGGACAUAAAGCAAUAUUUACCGUUGCACCUCCUAAAGCUGGGAAAUAUUACUUUACAAUUUAUGUGAAGGAGAAUUGGAACUGCGAAUCUCUUCAGAGUGCAUGCGCAUUUACUGUAAAGUGCAGAGAAAGAAGGGAGCAUAUAAAAAGUCCCUUUCCUAUGGUGCCGUUCUUUGGUCCCACUCCGCUGAUGAGCAAAUUAGACAUUGCUCCACUAACUCACAUUGAUCCGUUAGUUGUUUAUAGCUACGAUGAUGUCUUCCUGCGAUUCAAAGUUCCAAAGAACACCGUCUUAACAUAUACUUGUCAAUACUAUGGGCCUUUUCAAUGCAAUAUUACGGACUUCCAGAGGUACACAUUCUUGUCUAAACGAGAUCAUGAAUCUGUUACUUUUCAGAUCAGAUGCCCUGUAAUGGGGAAAUAUGUGCUAUCUGUUUUUGGUUCUGGAACUACAUCAACAGAUGAAAAUAGUGUACCGGAAAUUCUGUUCCGGUAUCUUAUUGACUGUAAACAACCCGGGAAAGACAAACGGGCACUUCCUCGCGCCUGUCAUCGGUGGCAGGGAAAUUCCCUGAUAGAACCUAUUGUUGGUGACAUUCCUCUCGGUAUAAGGAUGACGUUUAGAGUAUGCGCACCAAAAGCUUUAGACGUUGCUUUGUUGGCUGGUAAUAUUUGGCACCAUUUCCGAGAACUGCCUGACAAUAUGUGGGUUGCCAGUGUUUUCACUGGAACUGAACAAUGCAGAGCCAAAAUAUACGCCAAAUUCUCACAAGAAAAAUGCAGAUUCUCCCCACUUGUUGAAUUUCACAUGAAGUGACGUCAUUUUUAAAAAUCAGUUUGCUGUGGAGACAAUCAUAGCUGUAGUAUUUUUUGAACUUGCAACGUACAAUGCUAUAUAUCUUUUUAAGAAUAUGGCAGCUUUGUUUUUAUAUUUGAAAUAAAUUUUUCAAUGUAUAACCCCCCUCACUUUAACGUUCAGGUGUGAAAGACCAGAAUAGGUAUUGAAGUUUAGAUGAACAAACCAUUUAUUCAACAUUCAUUCAGUAAAUAAAUAUUAUGACGUCAUGAAAUAAAUAAUCAUGAUGAGGUGAAAUAUCAUACCUGUACUCAAAGAACAUUUUUCAAAGUUUUGACAAUAUCAUCAACAAUUCUCACAGCGACAUCAAGCUUUAAAGGUCCAUGUGGAAAAAAUAAAGCAUUGUGAAAACCUUCAGGGUAGUAGGCAAGGUGCACCUCUUCCUCUAUUUGAUUUAAUCGUUCGUAAAACAUAAUACCAUCGUCCCUCACAAAAUCAUAUCCACAAACCAUAAUGUAAGUGUACGGUAAAUUUUCAAGGUGAUCAUCAUCUGCAAGUAACGGCGACACUAAAGGGUCUAGUAUUUUGUUCUUUAUCUUCUCGAAAAGUUCUUCGUCACCGGUAUCCACGGGUUGUUCCAUAUUUUCACGUAUAACUUUGUCCCGCACAUACUUUUUGGGAAGCCACAAUGUUUGAUCCGCAUAUUCAUUUUCUAGUGACUGUUUAAAACUUGGUGACGUGUGAUUGUUGAACCUGAGGUAAUUCAUGUAUUUUGGUUCUAGACCAAGAUAGUUGAUAACAAACAUCAAAGAAUCGGGGUCGUUGAUGCUUCGAUUUAGAUAAAGUGUAUUUUCAUUGAAAGCCGUUGUAUUGAAAUUCACAAACUGAAGAGAAGGAACAAGCAGCAUUUGCAUAGCAAUUUUGGAUUUCAAUCGCAGCGAGAUUGCGGCAGCCAUGUUGCCACCGGCGCUGUCUCCUCCAAUCGCAAUGCGGCUUUUAUCUAUUCUCAUGGUUUUACUGUUCUCUAUGACAUACUCCACAACUUCAUGGCAGUCAUUAAGUGGGAUAGGAAAAGGAAACUGUGGACUUAAUCUGUAACUGAAUAAGAAAAUUCCUCUCUAUAUACAAUAUUUCUUCAUCAACUUUCACAGAAAAAAGGAAAUGAAAAACAUGACGACUAGCUAAAAUUCAGAGUCCGAAAAAUAGAGCAAUUUCUUAAAAAUAUAUUUCUAAACAAUAAAAUUACACGUAUAUUUAUAGAAUAUUUUAAACAUUAUCCUCAAUUACAACUGAGCUGUGAGAAAAAGGUCUUACUUGACUGAUAUUACAACUACUCCGCUAUCAAGUGAUAUUUUUCUCAUCAACGGAUCGUACGAGUCUGUUGAAAAGAUUAAAUCACCAUUGUAAUUUGAAUUUUCGUUUACAUGUAUAUUAAAUACAAAAUAAUCCUUUACCAAGACACAUUUUCAAAACAAAUAAAAUCUUUAUAUAAAAUUUCAAAUUGACCCAACACUAAAUCAUUAUUUUUAAAAAUAAAUCGUUUGAUUACAUGUAUGAAUUUAUAACUUUAUAAGUGAUUUUUUUUUAAAUUUUAACAACGUUCACGUUUCUUACGUACCGACAGACAGCAAGCUCCAGCCACCCCCGUGGAAGUAGAUGAGGACGGGUCGCUCAGGCCUUCCCAAACUACUCACCGGUUCAUAGACUUUCACACGUACCUCUCUAAUGUGUGUGUCGGUUAUCUAACAUGACCCGUGAAAUUGUGUCAGUAUUUAUCAAAUAUUUACACGUCAAAAGUACAUCUGUGUGAAGAUGACACACAUCGUUGAAUUGUAAUAACGAAAAGUUAAAAUGAUAUGGACUACCGCAUACAUGCUAAAUAGUAAAUGAAAUAAAAACUGCAUCUUGAUGCUAACAGGCUUUCAAGUGACUUUUUAUGAAAAAUAAGGGCCUUUUUAUGGCCACAAGUCUUCAUAAAUAAGGGCUAUUCUAAGGAUAUUUUAGGAUUUUUCAGACAAAAAUAAAAGGUAAAACUUCCUAAUCAAUGCAAAAAAACAAAAUCUGUACUCGCCAACAGGUAUAUACAUAAAAUACAAAAGCGAAUGACCAUCAUAGAAGAUCAUACUAGUGGCCAUCAACUUGGGUAUUCAGUAUUUCAAUGUAACCAUAAGAAAGAAAGUGGUACACCAAUCCAUGCUGAUAGCCACUAAUUAGAUUGAUUCAAAACAAUCACUAUCUGAAAGUAAACUAAGGGUUUGAUUUGAUUACUUUUCAACAAGUUUCGCUUUUCGAAUUCAUUUUUUCAAAAUUGUAAAAUUAGGAUUUUCAUGAAAAUAUAAGGGUUUUAUUAGGAUUUUGAAGCUUAAAUAAGGAAAAUAAGGGCCUCUGACAAGAGAAUAAGGAAAAUUACGAAAAUAAGGGCCGCUUGAAAGGCUGUUAACUAUAAUAUACAUGUACAAACAUGUGUGCAUGUAGAUUUUUUCUCUCUCGAAAAUUGAUAUAUAACGAGAUUCGUUGUACUACGAUGGCCCAUUACGGCUAAGUGGUAGUUUUCAAUGAACACUUACAACACAAACUCGAAAUCUUGAAAAUAAAUGAUAGUAACUUGAAAAUGACAGUAAAUGACAUAAAAUCUUGAAAAUUCAAUGAAAUAACUUUUGAUUCAUUAUCUUGAAAAUUCUAUAUUAGAACUUCUCAAAAUAUGCUGAAUUCCUGAAUUUCGGAGAUGCAAGCUGAAUUUUCAAGAUAUUGUGUUUAAUUUCCAAGAUACAUCCUUUAAUUUUCAAGACAGCUCCUCUAAUUUUCAAGAUAUUGUCUUGAAUUUCCAAAAUGAAAGAUUGAAUAAGAAAAUUUUCUAGUUACAUGUAUAUUCGAUUUUUAAGACUUCAUCUUGAUUAAAAUAAUUACUAUUAGAAUGAAUUACAUUUUGAAAAAGCCACAUGAUAACAUGGUAUAUUAAUGAUUCGUGUAACCUUUAUUCUAGGAUCAUACGGCCCCAGUCCCCACGGGAAUCCUGUUACCAUAGUGAGCACGAACCCAUCGGCAAUUUUUCUGACGAGGUCUGAAAAUGGUUCGGUGAUUCGCAAGGACACUAAUACAUUCACCUGAAAGUAUUUUACACAAUUUAACACACUCAACAAUUAUGCUACGACAACGAUAUUGUAAAUGAUUUAUAUUUACUUUCAUUGUGAAGUUAUCGCAAUAUGUAGAGGUAGCUUGAUGCCAAUGACAAUGGUUUAUUUUCAUAAACUGACAUACACUGUAGAGAUAAUAUUACUUAUAUGAUAGAUUAUUACUUCUCGAAUGCCACACGAAUAGAGCAGUCAGAUAAAGCCUUCCUGAUUUCUCAGAUACAAGAGGUUCGGACUCCAUGCGUCACAUUGAUCACAGGAUUCGAUCAGUCAAAGAUACGAACCCGUGGAUUAACAAACACUAAUCUCAACUAAUCCCCUUGACAAACUGUGAUAUUUUGUUGAAAAGAUACUAAAAGAUUUCCAUUGGUUACAUCACCUAUAGAUGAUUGAAUAUUAUUCUGCUAAAUUGCAAUUAUCUUUUCUUUUCUUUUUUAAUUUUUCUUUCUUUUUUGGUUUUUUUUUGGGGGGGUUGGGGUUUGUUUGGGGGGUUUUUUUGUUUUUUGUUUUUGGUUUGUUUAUUUGUUUGUUUUUUUUUGUUUUUUUGUUUGUUUUGUUUUUGGUUUUUGUUUUUUGUUUUUUGCUGCUGAGAACUUUGUUGUAUAAAUUUACAUGGAGGAUAUCAAAAAAUGGCUUUGCGUUUGCAGUACCUAGUGUGAUAGUUAUUUGUAACUAAGGAAAACUUAUUUGUAAUUAAAGUUCUUGAACUAGGUAGUCUAUAAUAUGUAAUUUGUACCGUCAUUCUCCUUUUUUUCUGUCAUUACACUAUCGCAUUUACAUCUGCUAGGUAUCCUUGUAAUAAUUGGACGUUUAUUUUCAGCAAAAUGUAAUUAUUAUGCAUAUUCAAUUUGAUAACUUAUAAUGCUAUAAGAAGUAUGUCUUUCAUGAUAAAGAAUUGAUUGAUUGACACCCUAUCAAGCGAUUUAAACAAUUAUCUUAAUUAAUCAUCGACAAGUCAAUGAAUGCAUCGAAAAUUAGAUAAAUAUUUCGUAUAUAAAUCAUACAGCAUUAAUCAUCACUACUGAAAUGCAUAUUUUGUUGAAGGAAUUAGCUUCAUAAUUGUACGGUUUUUAAAAAAUGUUCGAGUCAAAGACUACUAUUUUUAUAUCCUAUGUAACGUAGAAGUAUUAUAUACUGCUGUUAUCGUCGAGUACAAUCAGUUCCAUGAAGUACAUAUAUAGUACAUGAUUUGAAUGUAAGUAUCUGAGUGUACUAAGACAUACCGUGUGACCGUAAGUCUUCAUCAUUGCGUCCAUCACUUUGACCUUUAACUUUUCUGGUAUGGGUUCCGGGACACGGGCGUCAAGAUAAAAAUACAGGAAAAGCGCUAGGAGCACAACCAAAGGCGGCAAUGGACCACAAAAGUUGUACGCCAUAUUGUUAGUUUGAGAGCCACGUGUGGUCAUCGUAGGACUCGGUUAAAAUAGCACAAAUAAAAGCAUCCUGAUCCGCGCCUUAAUUUGUCCGUCGACAAGGGAGCAGAUUAUAACGAUAACGGUAUAUAGACUAAAAUAAACCAAAUGUCAUCGGUUAUAGUCCAGAUAAGAAAGUACAUUCAGUACUGACAUAGUAAUUAUCCACACUUUUCCACCACCAAUACCACUAUAUACGACAGGAAAACGAUUUUUUAAAUGUACACCACCUAUGUCAUUGUCCCAUCGAAAACUGAAUUGGAGUAUUAC